AUGACUUUACCAGGUGGUGUUAUCUUAGUUUUCAUUUUGGUCGGUUUGGCUGUUAUCGCUAUCUUGGCUACUAUCGCCUACAGAAAAUGGCAAGCUAGACAAAAGGGUUUACAGAGAUUUUAA